AUGUAUAAGUUUGACCUUAACGCAACCUUUACAUGGCCCCUCAGACACUUGGUCGGUACCGAGCUGCAUAAUAAGUACAAGGACGAAGGUGUCUCAGCAGAUGAAGAAAAUGUUAGGCAGAAAUUACUUCAAAUAAGCCACAACUGCCCGUUCCAUGGCACGACUCACGACCUGCAGAUCCACGGGCAGGGAGAGAGACAAAUGCCAAACGACGAACAGGUCAACAGCGACUCUGGUGGCUAUGUUCGACUCGUGGAGAGUUGCAUGACAAGACCGAGAAGUGAUGCUGGACAACAUAAGGGACUAGUUCAUCAGUCCGUUUUAUUCUUCGUCCUCCUGGUGGUGCUGUCGGCGGUCCUCAGCGCCGCCAACCCCGCCGCUGAUCCCUUCAAGAAGAAAGGCUUCAAGAAGCAAGGGUACAGGCCAAGGCCGAUUGCUAGGCCCGUGGUUUACCGCCCUGUCUAUGUUGCGCAGAAACCGGUACAGCCAAGCUACGGACACCAGCCAAGUUACGGACACCAGCCAAGCUACGGACACCAGGCGAGUUACGGACACCAGUCAAGCUACGGACACCAGCCAAGCUAUGGACACGGCUGGUAGACUUUCUUGUUAGUGAUAUCCAAGAGGUACCCCGGGCUUCUGGCUGUCUAAAGGAAUUGAAGAAUGAUCGGUUUCUGCAACUUUAAAAGCGCACUACCUCCAUUUUUAUUUCAAACUCUGAGAGUCGCUGCCUGCCUUUAGUUUAGAAGAUAAGGGAAUUUCAUGUAACUGAUUUAUUUCUGUUAACCGUAUCAUUCUCACUGACAGUACUUUUCGAAAGAUAUUGAAUAUAUCCUUUGUUCUGUAGUUUGUGUAAAUUUAUGUAAAAUUGAAUUGUACAAAAACGCACAUAAAUAAUUAUAUUUAGUACAAAUGA